AUGGUUGACGUAUUUAACGUUCAAAUUUUUUUCAUCGUUUUCAGAGAAUCGUUGGAAGCCAUCAUUGUUGUUUCAGUGCUUUUAGCAUUCGUCAAACAAUCCAUGGGUGGUAGUUCCGACCCUAAAUUAAAGAAACGAUUGUAUCGUCAGAUUUGGCUAGGGGCGGGGCUAGGAGUUCUAGUCUGUCUUAUUAUUGGUUGUGCUUUCAUUGGUGCGUUCUACGGGUUAGGUAAAGAUAUUUGGGGUAAUUCCGAAGAUUUAUGGGAAGGUAUCUUUUGUAUCAUUGCUACUGUCUUGAUUACUGCUAUGGGUAUUCCAAUGUUGAGAAUCAACAAAAUGAAGGAAAAAUGGAGAGUCAAAUUAGCUCAAGCUUUGAUUAAAACUCCAUCUAACAAAAAAGAUAGAUUCAGAUUGGGUUAUCUUGGUAAGAAAUAUGCUCUUUUCAUUUUACCAUUCAUCACUUGUUUGCGUGAAGGUUUGGAAGCUGUUGUUUUCGUUGGUGGUGUUGGUUUGAACAGUCCAGCCACUUCUUUCCCAAUUCCAGUCAUUGUUGGUUUAAUUGCCGGUAUCAUCGUUGGUGCCUUAUUGUACUACUUUGGUUCCAGUGUAUCUAUGCAAAUUUUCUUGAUCAUCUCCACCUGUAUUUUGUACUUGAUUGCUGCUGGUUUGUUCUCCAGAGGUAUUUGGUAUUUUGAAACCAAUACUUACAACAAAAAGACUGGUGGUGACGCUUCCGAAAAUGGUUCUGGUCCAGGUACUUAUGAUAUUGCUAAAUCUGUUUGGCAUGUUAACUGUUGUAACCCAGAAACCGAUAAUGGUUGGGAUAUCUUCAAUGCCAUUUUGGGUUGGCAAAAUUCUGCCACUUAUGGUUCCGUCAUUUCUUACAAUGUGUACUGGCUUUUCAUCAUCUGCGUUUUGUUAUUAAUGGUCUACGAAGAAAAACACGGUCAUUUGCCAUUUACCAAAAACUUGACUUUGGUCCAAUUGAACCCAAUGUACCACAUCAAAGGUAAGAAGAAGUUAGAAUUAAACAAAGCUGAAAAAGAAGAAUUGUUCACUAAACUUCAACAGCAAAACUUUGGUCAAGCUGCAGAAGUCGAUGAAACUUCAUCAAACAAAUUAAUUGAAUCCAAAGAAAACAAAUAA